AAGCCAGCCUUGGAGUGUGGGUUGAAGAUGGAAUCCACUGAGGAAGGAAGGCCUAGGUCUUCAGCACCGUGUAUGCCAGCCCAGAAGCAGCAGUGUGAAAGCCUCUGUAACAUCUGCUGCAGACCCCUAAAAAUCAAGGGGGAUUGGAUUUGGACAUCCUCAGUAGGAAUGAUUAAACGCUGAUGGGAUCAUAAAUAGAUGAUGCCAAAUAGUUGAUAAAUCCUAUAGCUCAACUUGAUUCCUAGAUACAAGCUGGAUUCAUUUGAUACCACAGAAAUGAAACUUCGGGAGACUAGAUUGGAGUCUCACUUCUUUCCCAGCCUGGAACUCUUGGGAGCUGGCACCAUGAGGAUGGGUUGGCUGUCCGUUAGUGCCAUCUGAUUUUUGCGGAGUCAAACAAUUGCAAACAUGAAGGUAGAUGAUUCUUCAAAUUAAAGAUGGACACUGACUUUUCUCACCAGAAAUGGUUUAUAGAAUCAACUUUCAAAAAUCAUCUGGAAACCUUAUUAUCUGUUAUGUCUUUGUGUGAAGACAUGCUGCUUUGUAACUAUCGCAAGUGUCGCAUCAAACUCUCUGGUUAUGCAUGGGUCACUGCCUGCUCUCAUAUAUUCUGUGAUCAGCAUGGCAGUGGUGAGUUUAGUCGUUCACCAGCUAUCUGCCCUGCCUGCAACAGUACUCUUUCUGGAAAGCUAGAUAUUGUCCGCACAGAGCUCAGUCCAUCAGAGGAAUAUAAAGCCAUGGUAUUGGCGGGACUUCGACCAGAGAUUGUGUUGGACAUUAGCUCCCGAGCACUGGCCUUCUGGACGUAUCAGGUACACCAGGAGCGUCUCUAUCAAGAAUACAAUUUCAGCAAGGCUGAGGGCCAUCUGAAACAGUUGGAGAAGAUAUAUACUCAGCAAAUACAGAGCAAGGAUAUAGAAUUGACCUCUAUGAAAGGGGAGGUCACCUCCAUGAAGAAAGUGCUAGAAGAAUACAAGAAAAAGUUCAGUGACAUCUCUGAGAAACUUAUGGAGAGAAAUCGCCAGUAUCAAAAGCUCCAAGGCCUUUAUGAUAGCCUUAGGCUACGAAAUAUCACUAUUGCUAACCAAGAUGGUACCCUUGAACCAUCUAUGAUUGUACAGUCUGGUGUUUUUGGCUUCCCAUUAGGGAACAACUCCAAGUUUCCUCUGGACAGUACACCAGUUCGAAAUCGGGGUGGUGGAGAUGGAGAUUUUCAGUUCAGACCAUUUUUUGUGGGUUCUCCCACAGCACCUGAACCCACCAACAGCUUUUUUAGUUUUGCCUCCCCAAGUAAUGAAUUAGAGCAGCAGCAAGUCUCUAGCAGGGCCUUUAAAGUAAAAAGAAUUUAGUUCACCUUACAGAAAGUUUCUCUGUUUACUUUCAGUGAUUUCAUUUAGUAAAUAAUCUUUGUUUUAGAUAGGAGUCACCACCCUCUCUGUGUUUGUAUUGUCUUCGAAGUUGUCUUCACAUUUUCAACUUAUAAGAGAUUCAGUGGCAGUGGUGGGUGGCUUUAGAAUCAGGUUUCCUUUUCUGUUUCUAUUCUUUAAGGCGUAAGCGUUUUAUUAAACUCAAUUUUAGGGUGAACUGUUGAGUUUUCACUGGUAGUGAAAAGCUUACAAUAUUACUGGGUGUUUUGUAGAUCACCAUUUGUUUCUGUCUGGGCUAUUUCUGACUAGGCCAUGUUUUUAAACAUACUAUAUAAGCACCUAUGUUAUAUGGCUACAUGUCACUUUGGGUUCUGGUAUUUAUACAUACAUGUAUAUGUAUGUUCCUUUACAUUUUUUUUUGCUGCAUUUGGCAGUAUGUUUAUGUGAAGAUUUUGGUUUCAGGAAAUAGUGAGUGAGCCUGUAGCUUGUUACUUGGGUGUGUACGUUUAUUUGUAUAUAUUAAUGUAUUUGCCCUGUAUUAACUUGUUGGAGGUGUGCUCAUGUCAGUGAGUGAAGGUACAAUUUGAUGCAUGUAUGUUUAGUUCCUAUUUCUAUUUAAAAAUAAUUCACAUUGAUAAAGUUGACUUUUUGGCAUUUAUUUUAGAAUAAAAUUACUUUCUUUACCCUUUUGCUAGCUGUUGCCCUGGGUCUACUUAUUUAGGAAUGCACUUCUACUUCAGAAACUUACCAAUGUGUUGUUGAUCUCAAGAGAUUAUACUAAUUAAUAUACUUCUGAUGAUUUAUUCCUUGUUUUUCUUUAUUAAAUAGUGAUCAUUUCUGACUACUCUCACAGGAAACUUAUUUAAAAUGUAGAGCCAAGAAAGAAAUUUGAAGGACACUUUCAGUAACUUUACAUCCUGUUAGAGGCAAGACUUGAAAGUAUACUGGUUGGGGAGGAAGAACAUCAAGGUUCCAGUUUUUUUUUUUUUUUUUUCCAUCUGUUAGUUGUGCACGUUUGAGUUUAAAUUUCCUGGGCCUUUGUUUCUACAUCUGUAAAGUGAGGGAUUGAAUUAAAUUAUCCUUAAAGCCUUUUCUACCUCUUAGAUUUUAUGAUUUAUUGUUACUGGUUUGGGAGGAACUACAAUGGAAUUACCCUAAAUUCCAAAUUCCAUUGUUUUUUAGGUAAUAAAAGUCAUACUGAAAUCAUUUGAGGAGAUUUUAUAUUUUGUUAUUGCAGAAAGGCAAAUGAAUGCCCUUGCUUUACAUAAUUUAAUAGCAAGCAAGUAAUGUUUUCUUCUUUAGGGGUAUAGAAUAUAAAAUCUCUUCAAAAAUAUUUUUUACUGAACCCCAAAGUUAAAAUGGUGUCUGAGAAAGAGGAUGAAAAAAAUCUUGACUUAAAAGCUUAAAAACAUCCCUCCC